AUGUUGGCCGGGGUCGGCACCUGGGAGUCCGUCGUGGACUCGGUGGAGGGGCAGGGUCAACAGCAGAAGAAAAAGCGCGGCGGUGGCUUUCAGAGCUUCGGACUGGACAAACCGCUGCUAGACAGCGUGCUGCGUCUUGGCUACAAUGUGCCAACGCCCAUCCAGCGUAAGGCCAUUCCACCAAUGAUUCAGGGGAACGACUUGGUGGCCAUGGCACGCACAGGAUCCGGCAAGACGGCGGCGUUUCUUAUUCCCAUGUUAACCCUUCUAAAGUCACACAGCAAGACUGUGGGAAUUCGUGGACUUAUUCUCUCUCCAACGCGCGAAUUAAGUUUGCAGAUUUUACGCUUUGGUAUCCAGCUGAACAAGUUUAUGGAUCUCCGUUUUGCAGCUUUAGUCGGUGGUAACUCACUCGAGCAACAGUUCGAGUUGCUGGGGUCGAAUCCUGACAUUGUGGUCGCCACGCCUGGUCGCCUUCUUCACAUUCUUGAAGAGGCUUCCGUGAAGUUGACGAUGGUGAAGUGUUUGGUGUUAGAUGAGGCUGACCGUCUGUUUGAGCUAGGGCUGCAGUCACAGAUUGUUGCCAUUAUGCAGAGGGUACCAGACACGUGUCAGCGGGCACUUUUUUCAGCCACAAUGCCAAGUGUUUUGGCGGAAUUCACUAGUGCAGGACUUCACAACCCUGUAGUCAUUCGCCUGGAUGCGGAAAUGAAGUUAAGUGAUCAACUAAAACAAAGUGCCUUUCUGGUCCGUAAUGAUGAGAAGGUUGCCGCGCUUAUUUUGCUUCUUAAGAAGGUGAUUGGUGUGGCAGCUGACAAGAAUAGUGACGGCAAAGUUCAACAAGCUCUUGUUUUUGUUGAGUCCAAGUUUCAUGUGGAUUACUUGCAGAUGAUUAUGGAGGCAUAUCAUAUCUCUUGCAGUGCUGUGCAUGGACAGAUGGACCAGGAGGCGCGGCGUCUUGCAGUACAGGCGUUUUCAAAGAGGGAAACGCAUGUUAUGAUUGUAACUGACGUUGCUGCGCGUGGGCUUGAUCUUCCGUUGCUUGACAAUGUCGUGAACUUCUCCUUUACACCCACACCAAAGUUAUUUGUGCACCGUGUUGGUCGUGUGGCGCGCGCUGGCCGUUCCGGUGCGGCCUAUUCCCUCCUCACCUUUGAAGACUUUCCAUACUACGUCGACCUCAUGGCAUUUCUUGAUCGUCCAUUGCAGUGUCGGCGAACUGAAGGCGACUUGCUUUUUACCGCAGAUGAUGGCUGCUUCGGUCGUAUGCCAGAAGAGGACCUGCAGCUGGAGCUCGACUUUCUGCGGCGCCUCACUUUGACGGAUGUGGAGAUAAAGAACAUGGCGAAAGUCGUCGACAAUGCACACAAGAAGUUUACACGCACGAAAAAGAAGGCGACGCAUGACGGCAUUCAAGAGGCCAGGCAGGAGAAGUAUCAAUUCGAUAACACACCGUUACACCCCCUUUUUGUAGAGCGGCUGGAGGCGAAGCGCAUCGCCGCUGAUGAGGCCCGGUUUAAUCUCAAGCGUUUUAAGGCGAGGGAGUCUGUCCUGGAAAUGAUUCACGGCGAAAAGAUGUUUCAAAUUCAGAAGCCUGUGACAAUUCAGACCCUGUGGAAGGAGCAGCAGGGGCGCACGGAGGCAAAUGAAGAAGAAGCUCUCAAAGCAGAAGAAGAAGGGAGUUCACCGAUGGGUAGCAGUGCAACAUUGGCUUCAAGAGAUGCAAAAGGGCCGGAGAAGAAGUUAUCAUUGGCAGAAAAACUUCUUUUAAAAGCACAAGAACGGAAAAAACGGGGACGAGAGCAAAUGGAGGAUAUUACUCACGAAGACGAGGGUGUUACGGUGUGUCCCACGCGGAGUAUGCAUCGCCUUGGAGCAGACGAUGGCAUUGGUGGUGGCAACUACCGCGACCAGGACUAUUUUAUGGAAACCACAAAACGCAGCACGAUGGAGGACGCGCACUACUCUGUGAAGGAUGCAACGUUUGACAUGGGUGCAGAGAGUGCGCAGGAUGCGCGGCAACAGCGUCAAGUGUACGCAUGGAGCAAGAAGAAGAAUCGUUUUGUUCAAAUGAAUGUCAAUGACGCAAAGGCUAUGUUGCGCGGUGUAAAGAAUGAAUCAGGAAAGGCAGUGAACUUUAAAUCUAAGCUUGAGGCCUACUCACGAUGGAUGAAGAAGAGCAAUAUGCGUAUUCAAGACGUUGGGGAGGAAGAGGAUCUUGGACCUUUUAAUCGUGCCCGAGCCGCCCAAGAGCAAGGCAAUAAGGGCCACAACCAGGGUGGUGACGAGGAUGAUGACACAGUGGACAUCAGUGACCCAAAUCAAGGUAAGAAACUACGAGUUGGCCGAAAGCAACGUCGUUUGCCAAAGGACGGGCAUGUUCGCACAUUUGAGGAGAUGGCGCUCAUCAAGCGCAGGGCAGAAAAGGAGAGGGCACGUUUGUCAAAAAAAAAUCAAAAGAGAAAGAACAAAUAG